AUGCCGGAAGGCGUCAGCCCUGGCCUCUCCUCCGCCCUGCAGGGUGAUUUUUUGGGCUUGUCUCUCCCCGAAGAAGAAAACCACUGGGGUCUCAGUCCCAUCUCACCAUGGAAUGGCAAGCACGAGCAGGCCUUCAUCAAUUCCAAUUUGGAGAGGGAUUUCAAGAACUCUCGUGUUCGCAAUGGCCAGCCUACCCCUCCACCAUACGAUGACACCCGUGCGUCUCAAGAAUUCUACCCGCCUUUGCCUCAGUACCAUAUUGGGGCUUCUACCCCGACAUUUCCUGACCAUGGUCAUCGUCGAAGCUACAGCGAGCACUCGGGCUAUGAGGACGACCAGUCUUACGCCGGAAGCAGCAGCAACAGCAACAAACGACGCAGGACCUCCAGAUCGUCUGCCAUCGACUUUGACGACUCUCACCCGGACCGUGCCAAACGCGAGAAAUUCCUCGAACGGAACCGCUUGGCUGCGAGCAAGUGUCGCCAGAAGAAGAAGGAACACACCCAGCAGCUUGAAACCCGCUACAAAGAGCAGUCUGACAAGAAGGAGUCACUUGUGUCGGAGAUUGCUCGUUUGCGGCACGAGAUUCUAGGUCUCAAGAACGAAGUGCUGCGGCAUGCUCAGUGUGGAGACGAACCCAUCAAGCUCCAUUUGGCUCAGAUGGUCAAGAGGAUCACCUACAACGACACCAGCACGACGGCGGCCGAGUUGUCUGAUGCAGUGGAUGCCGUGUCGACCUCGGAGGAGCCGUCUACUCCAACGGCCCAGCAGCAACCCCAGCAGAGCCAGCAGCAGGGUGUCAUGUCCUUUGGUUUUGACGAUGCUUUGCAGCCUGCGGUCUUGGAGCAGCAGAUGCGUCGGGAUUCCGAAGCAUCCCUGGUUUCGCACCCGUUUUCUUCUUCGGAGGAUAACUUUGACGACUUGAUCAAUGUCUGA